CGUUUCUCCUGCUGCUGUGCAUCUCGAGUUGCAGCACUGAGAUGGGUGAUUUCACAAGGGUGAUGUGCUGACCGCAUGGAAUUGAUUCUUCCACCAAGAUUCUUCUCAGAGAUGGAUGUGCAGUAGCAACAUAAACAUUAAAUGGAAGCAAAUUGGCAAUUGCCCCUUCAGGACUUGGGACUGUUGUAAAACUGGAGGAAAUGAAAACUCAUGAUUGGCUCUGGAGGAAAACACUGCCUUCUGGAAAGAAUAAGGAGAUUCCUGGAUCAAUAUUAAGAAUUAAUGUCUACCUGAGCUAAUGGGAGGACUGCGCCACUGGAAAUGAAUGUUCAUUCCAAUGAUGGAUAGAAAAACGAAUGCUAAAUCAUCUUUCAUUUUCACCUCGGAUGCUGUUAAAGGACAUGUGAAGAAGAGGGAUGGAACAUUACGAGCUGCAAAAUGGAAUGCUUCCUUAGCAUCUAAAAUUAAGACUAAGUUAAUAAAUAACUCAUCUGUGUUAAAAGUAUCUUUAAAACAAAAUAAUAAAGCGUUAGCUGUGGCUUUGAGUGUGGAGAAAGAAAAUUCUCGGAAGCUAAAGAAUGAGAACAUCUUUCUUCAGAAGGAAGUAGAAAAGCUGCAGCUUCAUAAUAUCUUGCUUCGUCGAAAACUAAGUUGUUUGAAUACAACUCUUACAGAAAUAGAAGCAUUUUUGAAUUAUAAGCUCUUAAAUGCAAUACAAAUAAGCAGUCUUUCUGAGAGUUAUCUUCUGUCAGCUGGUCCAAGUAGCCCUGCUGAUGACCAGUUCAAGGGUACCUGUCAGUGUCCUAGAUCUCUAGAAUUGCCAGUGAAGCUUCCUUUAAUUGCCACAGCUAAUGCAAAACAGCAAGAUAGACCUUCUGUGUGUGAAUUACCAAAUUCUCAUAAGUGUACCACUAUUUUGCCAAAGGAAAUGCAUUCAGAUCAAGUCAAGUUUGCAUUAUCAUUGCCUUCUGGUACAAAUAAUCAAAAGUUAAUUGAAAUAGACUCAGUGGAAACAACCAUUGACAAAAAUAUAUUUUUUAAAGAAAAUCAAUUACACACCGAACCAACUUGUGAUAGUGCCCUCCUGACUCAUGUCAAAAAUACACAAUCUCUAAGAGAGCCUGAGGAGCUCACAAAACAACAUGAUCGUAGUUCAUUGCCACUCAAUAGAAAUGUGACUGAAAGGAAGAAAGACAAAGAACUUCUUAAGUCAAAAACUAAACCUAAUAUAAAAGAGUUUGAUAAAAAAUGUAGCUCAGAUAAUCUGCCUUACUAUGGUAUCAACAGGAGCAGCAACACUAAUGAUACAAAUUUGCAGGAAAGUUCAAGUGACUUGCCUUGUGUUAUUCCUUCAGCUCUUAAAUUUAACAACGAAAGUAGGACAGAUUUUAAGAAGCUGCUUUUGACUGAUAAGAUGAAGCGUGAAGAAACCGUUUAUGGUGCAGAUAUGGAAUUGACUGCCAGUGAUGCAGGGGAACUACUUGCAAUUACAGUGAAAGAUAAAGAUAAGUUCCACCAAAAUAGAAAUAGUAAUGCCAAUUCUGAUGAUAAAAUAUUAGCGAAUUUCAGAAAAGUAAAAUACUCUAAGAAGGAUAAAGAGAAAAUUAAAAGCAAGACUGAAGUCCAUUCAGAUUUGUAUGCAGAAGAAGGGCACACAAUGGCCGACAACAGUGAAGUUUCAAAAGCUACUGAGUCACAAAUUCAACUAUUCCAAAAUCAGACAGAACAUCUACCUACAAGAAAUCCUGUAGGGAAGCCGAGUUUGCCAAAUACCAGCAAAGAUUGUCAAGCACAAAAUUGCCCCAGUGAAACUAAAUGUAGUCAGAGGACAGACCAAGUUAACUUAAGGAGUGCAGGAAAACAGGAGACAGAUAAAGAAACUUGCCCAGAAAUAUUUAAAGACAUGGAAAGCAAAAUACAAAAAGCAGACUCAAACUCAUCUAUUAACCAGAUUGCACCAGAAGCUUACUGUGCUGAAAAUUUACCAUUCCAAGGUAACACUUCUAAUGUAUUGCCUUUACAGUUGGACUUUUUGCAUGAAAAUGAAAAACAUAGCAGCCCAAAAAUAAACAGGAAGACUUUUCAAACCCCUUCUAAAAUCAGCACAGCAAAAUACUGUAGAAAGGAAAAUGGGCAAUGUGGAGAAUAUAUUUCAAAAAAGUCUCAAACAGAAAUAGACCGACAUGACAGCAAAAGAAAACAAGACCAGAAGAACAUCAUAAAGAGAAAAUACAACAACAAAAGAAGUUACAGCCAAAGUGAAGAAACUGAAAGUGACAGCAUUCAUAAAAUUACUCAGAAAGCAGACCAAAAGCUUAGACAUUUUUCACCAGGCACAUUAAAGCGUACAUUGGCAAAGGCUAGCCGAAAAGCAUUUAUAAUACCAAAAGAAAAUCACACACAGUUCUCACUUCGUAAAAGCAAAGAAUUAAAAAAUCAUUUGCAUGCAGAGGCUGUUUGUGGAAAUAAAAUAACUACAACACUGAAAAUGGAAGCAGCGUUAGUUACUCAGAAUGGUGUAGCUAUGAAUAAUACACCACAAGCUAAAGAGCUAGUUGAUGCUGAUGCUUAUAGGUUAAAGAAAGUAGAUACCUCAUCAGCGGCACAUAAACAGCCCCACAUUAGUAAUUCUCCUGAUAACUGUGUAAAGUGCAAACAGAGGUUUAGUUCUGAUACUACUGAGACCAGACCAGAAAUAAAUUACUCCAAGCAUCUUGAUCAGGGACCACAGAAUACCUUGGAUGACCAGGAAGUCCCUCAUGGGAUAGAUUCCUUUAUGAUUGAGUUAAAGGCCACAGCUCAAAAAUCAGAAGUUUCUGAAUUCUUACCUCUUAAGUGUUCUAGGAAUAUGCCAUUAAAUGUAGAUAGCUUUUUCCAGGAAGGUCUUUCCAAUGUGGAGCUCCCAGUUCUUGAUAACCACAGUGGUUCCAUGAACUUCUUGAUACUGAAAAACUCUGAAAUCAGUGGGGAAAAUGAUAAUAAUAAAGUGCUGGAUGCUGGAAAAGCAGAACAAAAAAUGGAUCAAAUUUCUAAAGAGACUCACAAAAAGACUCUGACACCUUGUCAUGGGAGAAAGGUCUUGCAAGAUGUUACAAAUUUUAGUAUACAGUCUCACACUUCACCUAAAUCCUGCAAAACCUUAGAAGAAAACUCAGCAGCACCAUCUAGACGAACAAGAGCCAGUAUUUGCUACAAAGAACCCAGACUGAACAGCAAAUUAAGGCGUGGGGAUCAGUUUACAGAUACACAAUUUCUGAAUUCUCCAGUCUAUAAAGUAAAAAAAAGAAGCUUUAAAAGUAAAUCCAAAUUGAUUUGAAGAAAAGCAAAUUGUCUUUAUGAACAAUUCUUCUAAAAUGGGUACAAUUUUUUAACUAUAUGUAUAUGGUUAGCUGUAUAAAGUGUUUAUUGUUCUUUGAUUAGUGAAAGUUUCAGGUAUGGAAUCUCCUGGAGUCUAUCUAAGGGACACAGAAUACUGAGGAAGGCAAACACAGGUUAGGCUUCACUGUAUAUUUUGUAUUUCUGAUCACUAGUUUAUCAUUCUGUUCAAAGGGUUUGCAGCACUUCUUAAUUUGUGAGAAAAGUGUAUGUUUUGAAGAGAAUCAAAAAUAAAUCACCUUUGGGAAUUUCA